AUGUCCCUUGAUGAACGCUUUGAAGCAGCGGUGGCGAUUAUCCAGAAUCUACCAAAAGAAGGGCCAGUGAGUACGUCGAACACUCAAAAGCUCGAGUUUUACUCUCUCUUCAAGCAAGCAACCAUUGGUGAUGUGAAUACUGAACGACCAAGUAUAUUCAGCAUAAUUGAGAGGAAAAAGUGGGAUGCUUGGAAGGCCGUCGAAGGAACUUCACAAGAGGAAGCAAAGAAGCGGUACAUAGAAGUGCUGUUAGCAAUGUUCGACAAAAUUGAGCAGGUA